UGGUGAAACACGACAUUCUUAGAUUGUUCAGAUUGUUCUAUCCAGAACAUUUCGGCUUCAUCAACUUCAUUGGCUUUAUCGGAGACGAGGGAAGAAAUAAAUUUCUCGUGAAAGUUCAUAGUGCGCGAGUGCUUUCAAGAGACCCCUUGUGAGUGGAUCUCGCGGAUAUUCGAGUGUUAAGGUGGUUCGUGGUUUGCUGGAUCGUCAAUGUGAUCACGCCGUCGUCCCGCCAAUUUGAGGAGAAUAAUGUUGAUGUACGGGAUCAUCCUGCCCCUCGUGGCAAGCCUCGUGUAUGCGCAAGAACUGAAGUGCGGUCAUCCGGCUGUACCGAUGAAUGCCAAAGUAUCGUUGUCUAAUGAAUCCUUGACGCCCGGCACCAUAGCGAAAUAUACCUGCGAUGCAGGCUACGAACUCUUUGGAAUUGGUAGUUUGGUGUGCAGUCCACGAGGAAAAUGGCAGGGUGACCUACCGUUUUGCGGUACGAACGUGGGUUUCCGUAAACCGACGAACCAAUCAACGACCGUGAGGGGUGGAAACGCGAAUCACGGUAAUGAUGGUGACUUCGGAACGGAACAUGAUGGGAAAAGAUGCACGGAAACUCAGAGCGAACCCAGUCCCUGGUGGAGAGUCGAUCUUCUCAAGUCAUAUUCCGUCAAGGUUGUCCGAGUGACGACGCGAGGCUGUUGCGGUCAUCAGCCUCUUCAGGAUAUUGAGAUAAGAGUGGGCAACAGCAGCGCUGAAUUGCAGCGCAAUCCUCUGUGCGCUUGGUUUCCUGGUACUAUUGAGGAGGGUAUCACGAAGACCUUCAUCUGUGCCAGAGCACUCGUGGGACAGUAUGUUUUUUUACAACUAGUCGGUGUUGAGGGUAGCUUGAGCCUCUGCGAAGUGGAAGUUUUCGCUACUGACGAAUUUUCAAUAGAUAGAUGUGCGCAUGCUAACACACCUGCCGACGCUGAUUUAACUGCCUUCAAUUCUACGUGUUACGAAUUCAUGGUGAAGAAAGGCGGUUCCUUCGAAGAAGCAAGAAAUUACUGUAAAGGUCGUGGUGGUGAUCUCGUUCACGGUUUCAAGGGAAUAUCGUCUGUAUUCAUUCUGAAUAACCUAGAAAAGCGGAAGGAUAAGUUAAAGACCCAAUUAGUCUGGAUCGGGGCUCAGAAGGAACCACAGAUUACGGCACGAACAUGGCGAUGGGUGGACGGCGAGAUCGUGCAAAAGCCAUCCUGGGGCAAAGACCAACCGAACAACUAUAACGGAGAACAAAACUGCGUCGUACUCGAUGGAGGUCGUGGAUGGCUUUGGAAUGACGUCGGCUGUAACCUCGAUUACCUUCACUGGAUCUGUCAGAGCAGAUCACCAACCUGCGGCAGUCCCGAAAAAUCGGAAAAUACCAUAAUUAUAGGAUCCAAGAGAACGAUAGGCUCCACGAUAGAGUAUGUUUGCCCGGAUGGAUAUAUGCUAAUUGGAUCGAAAAAUAGAAUGUGCGAACCAAGUGGUUCUUGGAGCGGCGACGUACCCACGUGCAAAUUCGUCGAUUGUGGCACGCUGCCGAACUUAGAAAACGGCGCUAUCAUGCUAUUGGACAACAGAACCACGUACGGUGCUUUUGCGGAUUAUAAGUGUAAAGAAAAUUUCACACUGAAGGGUGAUAUGAGAAGAAGAUGUGGCGACGGCGGUAUCUGGAGUGGUCACGAACCCCAAUGCUUGUUCGAUUGGUGUUCUGAACCACCGGAAGUGAAUGGUAGCAUCGUAACAACUAACGGAAAAAGAGCGGGUUCCACUGCUACUUACUCUUGUCAAAAUGGAUUUAUUUUAUUUGGAGAUAAUGUCCUCACGUGCAAUGUCGGUGGCGAAUGGUCUGGCAAAGCGCCGCAAUGUCGAUUUGUUGACUGCGGGGCUCCGGCCCAAAUCGAGUUUGGAACCAUUGUUCUAAUUAACGGUACGACCACGGUAAGCAGCUUAGCUGUAUACACAUGUCAACAGGAUUAUUGGUUGGUAGGCGAAGGAAAGCAAGAGUGCACCAAAGAGGGCAAGUGGAGUCACGAUACACCAUCAUGCGAGCUAAUAACAUGUGAAGAACCAGAAGUGCCCACCGGAGGAUACGUAGUAGGAUAUGAUUUAAACGUUCACAGUGUUAUCGAAUAUCACUGCGACGUGGGCUAUUUGCUUCACGGAGAAGCGAGACAUUCGUGUGGCAAAGACGGCGAAUGGACGGGAGAAGUUCCGAUCUGCGAGUAUAUCAACUGUGGCAAGGUUCUUCCAAUUUUAAAUGGUGCAGUGGACUACGCGAACGAUACGACUCAUCUUGGCAGCGAAAUCACGUAUAGUUGUACAAGGAAUUACAGACUGAAUGGAAUUUCGAGGAGAUACUGCCUCGAUAAUGGUCAAUGGAGUGACGCUACUCCGAAAUGCGAAGAAAUUCGUUGCCCGGAGCCCGUAUUGGCGGAACAUGGAAUUCUCUCGGUUACUGGAAAUGAUCGAAUGUACGGAAGAACAUUGAUUCGCACGGGAACCGCGGAGAAUUCGAACACGGGCGCGACUUCAUACAAGAUUGGGGCCCUGGCGAAGUAUAGAUGCGAAAGAGGAUACAAAGUAGUUGGAGAACCUUUAUCUACCUGCGAGGAGAAUGGAAAGUGGAGUGGCGAAGUACCACAAUGCGUCUAUGUCGAUUGUGGUAAACCCGAACACAUUCAACAUGGACGUUAUACAUUGACAUCGAAUGCAACGUAUUAUGGAGCAGCUGCACUUUAUGAGUGCGAUGGCAAUUUUGAGUUAGAUGGAUUUGCUAGAAGAUUAUGUCUUGAAAAUGGCACUUGGAGCAGUGAUACCCCCGUUUGUAAAGAAAUACGGUGUAGAGAUCCGGAGAAAAUUGGUGUGCUAUCAACGCAAGUGUCGACUCAUAGUGUAGGUGGUGUAGCACAUUAUAGUUGUCCACGUGGGUUUUAUAUGGAGGGAAACGAAACUAGAAUCUGUUUGCAAAGUGGAUCUUGGAGUGGAACAACGCCUGCUUGUUUUUCGAUUGAUUGUAAGCAUCCAGGACCGAUAGAAAACGGUAGAGUGAUAGUAGUGAAUGGAUCGACGACUUACGGAGGAGCCGCGGAGUAUCACUGCCUACCACAGUACGAAAGGAAUGGCAUAUUUCUAAGAAAAUGUUUGGACACAGGAUAUUGGAGCAGCGAGGAACCAAAAUGCGAAUUAGCCACGAAUGAGAUAGCAGAACCUCAAGGUGUAGGCACGAGCGUUGGUAUCGGAGCUGGUGUCAUUAUCUUUAUAUUGAUUAUCCUCGGAUUAAUUUAUCUUAGGCUGCGAAAAGCUACGCCAGUCAAAAACACCGAAAAUGUUCAAGCUGCGGAACGAAAAGAGGAUCAAAACGCCGCUGUAAUGUCUUACGCGACAUUGAAUGACGGCACGCAUAAUACCAUGUACGAGAACGUCCCCGAGGAUGGUCUCUAUGAUAAUCCGUACAGUCUAGGUGGCAACGCAUACAGAUACGGCGGUCAUUCAAGAAGAAUGUAUGGCAGAUCCGGACAUUAUGAGGCCGAACCAGUUUCCAACAGAAACGGAAUCACUAUCAACGGAGUGUCUGUGCGAUAGCUCGUAAUUCUAUCACCACGGCUUUAUCUUUCUCGAUGUCGAGAAUCGCAUGCAGAAAACUGCCGAUCUUUGGCGCACUUCCGCCGUUCUCGAGACGUGUACAGAAAACACCGAAGAAUUUAUCAUUAUUUAUAUAACGCCUGCUAAAGGCGCAAUAAUUUAUGUAAAUAAUUCAUGAAAACGAGAGAAGGAGAAAUGUGUGGAAAGAAUUACACACC